CAGAUCGGACGGUGAGGAUGCGUCCAAAAGCAGAUCAGUACUCCGAGAGGGCCUGGGCGACGGGGCCCACACCGUCAGAGUCCGGGUCUUCUUGCGGUCCCAACUCCCAAGAGCGCGCGCGCCCACAGGCAAAGGCGCACAGCCUCGCCUACUCGCGCAUCACACCCAACUCCGGCGAGAUCAUCCGGCGGCCGGCGAGAUGAGCAGCGGCAUGGGCGCGGGGUACGACCGCCACAUCACCAUCUUCUCCCCCGAGGGCCGCCUCUACCAAGUCGAGUACGCGUUCAAGGCAGUCAAGUCGGCGGGGUUCACGUCGAUCGGCAUGCGCGGAAAGGACUCCGUCUGCGUUGUCACCCAGAAGAAAGUGCCGGAUAAGCUGCUGGAUCAUACGAGCGUGACGCACCUGUUCCUGAUCACCAAAUACAUUGGAUUGCUUGCCACUGGCUUCAUAGCUGAUGCGAGGUCAUUGGUUUGCCAAGCAAGGAAUGAAGUAGCUGAAUUUUGUUUCAAAUGGGGUUACGAGAUGCCUGUAGAUGUGUUAGCAAAAUGGAUAGCAGACAAAGCAUAAGUUUACACGCAGCAUGCCUACAUGAGACCCCUUGGAGUAGGCAACUAGUGCCGGGCUUAAGGAGCAGGAAGCAAUAAAUUUUCUGGAGAAGAAAAUGAAGGAUGACCCACAGUUCACCUAUGACGAAACUGUUCAGGUAAACCUUGCGUGUCUUUUAAUUUAGGCAAGCAAGAAGCUCUCUUUUUGUAUAAUAUUAUACAUGUUGAGUUAUCGAUCCAAACAACCAAUUGUACGGUUAUUAGUAUGCACAUAUAUUUAUGUAAAUGUCACCAAUUGUUCACAUCGUGGUUGCAUAUUGCACUGCUAAUGCGACUAAGGCUCUGUUUGGAUUUCUGAAUUGGCAUGAAAGAAUUGAAUUGGGCCUCCAAUCAAUACUCAGGUGGAAAUGGAAAUAGACUGCAAUUCAAUUGUUUUGUUCGGUUAGUGAGGAAAUUGUUGAAAUGGAAAUGAGAUCAAAUCAAUUCCAAGUAUUGUUUGGUUGCCAACUUUGAGAAAAUUGAGCAUACUCCAGAUCCAGAUCUAGGACCCAUCGGCGAUGGGCGCCUCUCCGCCGACCACAGUCUCCAAGCUUGUGCCCUUCCCCUCGCUCCUCCCAUGCCCGCGUUGCCGCUGUUGCUCUCCAAGCGGCAGCCGCCGGAGGUGGUGUAGUGGGUUGGCGGCGAGCUGGAUGGUUCCGACGAGGCCGAUAAAUGGGGUCAUGGGGUUCCUGUGUGGCGGCGGUGGUUCCGCUUCUCUGGUGUCGGAACUUCGUGCUGGAGUUGGGGAAGAAGGAAGUGGUGGUCGGCGGCGGAGUGUGACGGUGGUUGGCGGUGGACUCCGAUGGGACCACCGGAGUUGAGCAAGAAGAGGGGGCUGACCAUCUGAGUUGGGGAAGAAGGGUAGUUCACCGGCAGUCUCAUUGGGUCACAAGUGGUGAGGCAUCAAGCUCGGUUCAACCAUGUACACGGAGCUCGUGGAGGCAGCGGUGGGUGGAGCACGAGGAGCGGCCGUGGAGCUCGUCGACUGCGUCCAUGGAUUUGGCGGCCGUGGAGCUCGGUGACGGAAGCCAUGGAUCUGACGGUCGUGGAGUUCGGUGGCGGCAGCCAUGGACCUAGUUAGCAAGAGGAAAAAGGAGGUCGGUGGCAGAGGAUGGCGGUGGUCACCAGUGAGUUCACCGGCGAGGUCGGGGUGUUGUCAACAAGGUCGCUGGUGAGGGUGAGGGGGUCCUGAGCGAGGAUGCCUCGACGAGAUUCGAGAAAGAGGCACUGGGGAAUACGUUAGGAUUUAGAGGCUACUGCCUCUGAUUUGGCGAGCAUCCUUUUUACUAUUAUGUAAUUCCAGAUGAAUUGUUUUGUAAUUCCGAAUCCAAUUAUACGCUUCUACCAAACAACUGAAUUUAGGGAACCCAAUUCCAAUUCGCCGAUUCCAGCCCCAAAUCUGAGAACCA